AUGACGACGCAAAUCCUCGCAGGCAAGCCCAUUCCCGAGGUCGACAUUCUCUUCCUCGGCAGUCCAGGCGUCGGCAAGGCCACCUUUCUGUCACGCCUCCCACACAUCCGCAAUGGCAAGCUCGACCAGUCCGCCGUGCCCACGGGCCACCACCACCACCACCACCACCGCGUCUUCGCGCCCUCGGGCCCGUUGACGUUCGACGUGGCGCUAUAUGGCCGACCGUACAGGUUCCGCAUCCACGCGUCGACGUCGACGCUGUUCAUCGACCCGUUCCCGCCGCGUCCGUCGUUCGCCAUCAUCGCCUUUUCCAUCCCGCACCGCGAGUCGCUGCACAACGCGCAGUAUUACUGGCGGAAGCAGCUCUCCUUGCAUUACCACGACCUGGAACACACCAUGCCGGUCAUGCUGUUGGGGUUGAAGCGCGACGAGCGGACAGAGGAGAGGCUCGAGGAUGAGAGUGGCAGUGGCAGAUUCAAAUGCGUCAUGCCGCAGGAAGGGUUGCAGGCUGCCCAGGAGAUGCGGUGCGACAGGUACGCCGAGUGUAGCGCUUUGACGGGGGAGUUGAUGUUCGAGGUGCUCGAGGACAUCACCAAGACGGCGGCCAGGACGACGACCGAGGCGGGCGGGUUGAGCCAGAAUGGGAGCUGUAGUGUGAUGUGA